AUGGAGCACAAUCAUCCUCAGGACCCUCUUAUCGAUCUCGACCAAGGUGUUCAAUUCAACGGUAUCGGUGAGGAUGGCCACGAGACGUUUCUUUUACGGAAGGAAAACAUAACUAGCUUUGACUUUUGCAAAACUGUGCAGAAGCCCUACGAUCUCACCGUCUGCUUGGUGCUCUUAAGAGCGAGGCAACUGGCUGGUGAUGCUUUUUCCCUUCGUUCUGAUGGCUCUUGGAAUGAGGGAGGCUGGCGCAAAGCUCAUAAUCUUUACAAACUACUAUGGCCAGAAGAUGUGCUAUCUUGUCCUUGGAGAGUAAGAAGCGAACCGGACUUGUUGGCGGAAGAAGAGACGCCCUCAGAACUCACCGACGGCAUUUCGAAUAUGACAAACGUGGAUGCCAAAGAAACGAACUUAAUACAGGGCCAAGGAAGGAGACAAGACUUUUCUGACGUUGGCAAGGUGAUCAGAAAUUUACUCUCUAGUUGCAUCUCUGAUCCUACUCACCGAAAGUGUGCACAAAAUGAGUUGAGGUGGCAAAGUCUCCCAGGUGUCACCCUAAGACUGAUUGAUGUCUUCCUUGGAUGUAUAGUCGACGCACCAGAAGGUUGUAGCUUUCUGGCGUUGAGUUACGUUUGGGGGAAGACACGAAUUUCAGGUCUGAGGGACGAAACAAUGCAGUGGUUUACCCAAAACGGAUCCCUUUCUCGAGCAAAGAAUAUCCCUCGCGUUAUAUCAGAGGCCAUUCAGCUUUGCGGAGCAAUUGGCGAAAGGUACUUAUGGGUAGAUGCACUGUGCAUCAAACAAGACGAUACCCGUGACAAGGCCAUACAAAUCCUGCGGAUGCGACAGAUCUUUGGCAGCGCUAAACUGACUAUAGUAGCUGCCGCCGGUCAGGAUGCUAAUUCACCACUAUUUGCAUCAAAUCCGCCUGGAAAUCGAGAGCUGUCUUCGAACGGGAUAUAUAAGAAUUCCAUCUGGACAACGCGUGGUUGGACAUUCCAAGAAGCAGCAUUAUCACACCGGAUGCUUGUAUUCUCCACACUUGGGCUUUAUUUCGAAUGUCAAGACCAACUCUGGAAUAUUGAUGAGAGUUCCCUUGAGACGACUGCCCUACCAAAAGGCGAAAACGAAUGGGAUUUCCUCUAUGCUCCUUCCGGAUCGGAGCUCCACGCGUACUAUUCUGCUGUCGAGGGUUACUCUAAGCGGAAUCUUACAUAUCAGAGCGAUGUCUUGAAUGCUUUUCAAGGGAUUAUGAAAACGUUUUCAGCUACCUUGGACGGACAAAAUAACGAAUUUUAUUUUGGACUGCCAACCUCCUUGUUUGAUCAGGCCAUUUGCUGGCAAACCGACCAGCAUUGCCCACACUUACGAAGACCGAAAUAUCCAAGCUGGUCGUGGCUCGGAUGGAAGCAGCGAAUUUUCUGGAAAUCUCAGCCUGACGUGCAGACUCGGUCGGCCCAGAUGCUGUACCAGCCCGUCAAUAAGAGAAAACGUCUUCUGUUUGCACAAUUGGGUGCAGACGGGUCUUCUCCACUCUUCACACACCAAUACAGCAAUCGCAGACCGUGUUAUUUUCAAGGUCAAGACCUGGAGGACGGCGAAUGGGCAUGGGGUCUUCCAGCAGCAUUAUCAAUCUAUUCCCGAGGGACCUCUUCCCUAUGUCUAAUGAGCAGUCUUGCCCAGUUAAUGGUAUCUAGGGUUGACUUGGCCCGAACGGAAGAGCCGAACGGCUUAUAUUCAGUGAUGGCUGACAGCCCAAAUCGAGAAGUAUUGGGCACCGUCAAGUUGGACAGAGGAUGGCGUAAUGAUCAACCGGAUUCCAUGCCAUUCAUGGCUCUCGAUGGGGAAGAGGGAGAUGGGACGCUCGUCCUCACAAUCCUGAUGUGUUUAUCGAAUAGCCACAACGACUCGGACAGCAGGGAGUACUCUCGGGUCCAGAUGAUGGAAUGUCAGAUUGGCGAAGAGACUUGGAAAAAGGCCGGUGCAUUGUUAAGACUUAUCUGGCUAAUCUAA